AUGGCUGGUUUUGCUGCACUGGCACUAGUUCUUGUUGUUAUCUCUAUAAACUUGACAGGCCAAUGUCAUGCUGCUCUUCAAAUAGGAUUUUAUGACAGAAAAUGUGGUUUGAAUAACGUCGAGUCGAUUGUCACUCAAGAAGUCACAAAAAAAUUCAUCAAGGAUCGAACAAUUGCAGCUGCACUUAUUCGCAUGUACUUCCAUGAUUGUUUUGUCAAGCUAAGUGUAAGAGGCUAUGAUGUCAUUGAUGCAGCUAAGGAUGCGGUGGAGGCAGCCUGCCCAGGAGUUGUGUCUUGUGCUGAUAUCAUAGCUAUGGCUACAAGAGAUGCUGUUUCCCUGAGUAGAGGAGGAAGAUACAAUGUAGAAACAGGCAGAAGAGACGGCCUUGAAUCUCUUGCUUCAAAUGUUGUUCUCCCUUCACCGCAAAUGACUGUUUCGCAAUCUGUUUCUGUCUUUGCUAAGAAAGGAUUUUCUCCUAAAGACAUGGUUUAUCUUCUUGGUGGACACACUGUUGGGUUUGCACAUUGUGUUUUCUUUCAGGAUCGUUUGUAUAAUUUCCAGAACACAGGCAAACCAGACCCAACCAUGAACUCAACAUUGCUUCAGGCGCUCCGGUUCAUGUGUCCUCAGAAUUCACUACGAAAUAAUGCUGUAAAUCUUGAUCAGAAUCCCUCUAGUUCAUUCACUGUUGAUAACUCCUUCUACAAGCAAAUUCUUCUAAAUAGAGGGAUUCUCCAGAUAGAUCAAGAGCUAGCUCUGGAUUCAAUAACAAAGGACAUAGUCAAGGGUAUUGCUACCAGCAAUGACUUCAUAACGAAAUUUGCUGAGGCAAUGGUUAAGUUAGGUCGUACAGAAGUCCUUACGGACACACAAGGAGAGAUUAGAAGAUCAUGUCGUUCCGUCAACAACAACAACAACAAUAGUAAUAACAGCUUCUUAACAAAAAUAUUUCCUUAG